AUUUUUUCUUCGGAUCUGACCUUUGCACGCCUGCCUCUUCUUCCUCCUCCGCAGGAACUAGGGUUUCGUCGAGACUCCUCCGCCACGAUGUCUAGCUUCAGCGGCGACGAAACUGCCCCUUUCUUCGGAUUCCUCGGCGCGGCCGCAGCCCUCGUCUUCUCCUGCAUGGGGGCGGCGUACGGCACGGCGAAGAGCGGCGUCGGGGUGGCGUCCAUGGGUGUGAUGCGGCCGGAGCUCGUGAUGAAGUCGAUAGUUCCCGUUGUCAUGGCCGGAGUUCUGGGGAUUUACGGUCUCAUCAUUGCGGUGAUCAUAAGCACCGGGAUCAACCCCAAGGCCAAGUCGUACUACCUUUUUGAUGGGUAUGCCCAUCUCUCUUCUGGCUUGGCUUGUGGUCUUGCAGGACUUUCAGCUGGUAUGGCCAUUGGCAUCGUGGGAGAUGCUGGAGUCAGAGCCAACGCCCAGCAGCCGAAGUUGUUCGUAGGUAUGAUUCUCAUACUCAUCUUCGCAGAAGCUCUCGCCCUUUACGGCCUCAUUGUCGGCAUCAUCCUUUCUUCUCGGGCUGGCCAAUCUCGAGCAGACUAACACCGCCACAUUUAUGACCGUCAGCAUUAUUUCAAUCACACUUAUCGUAUGUAAAUUUAUUCUGUCGAGACUGUGUUGCUACUUUACGGAUAAGAGUCGCGCGUUUCUGUGGACUCGCAUCACUUUGCUCUAUAAUAAUUAAUCUGGUGUUGUGAACUUUUUAA